AUGGGGAAGGACCAGGAACUGCUGGAAGCUGCUCGCACUGGGAAUGUGGCUCUCGUGGAAAAACUCCUGUCGGGGAGGAAAGGAGGGAUCCUGGGCAGUGGAUCUGGAGCUAUUCCCCUAUCCAGCUUACUGAGCAUCUGGCGAGGCCCAAAUAUAAACUGCACAGACAGUUCGGGUUACACUGCUUUACACCACGCAGCUUUAAAUGGACACAAGGAUAUAGUUCUCAAAUUACUUCAGUAUGAAGCAUCAACUAAUGUGGCAGAUAACAAAGGUUAUUUUCCUAUACACUUGGCUGCUUGGAAAGGAGAUGUAGAUAUUGUGAAGAUUCUCAUCCAUCAUGGGCCAUCACACUCCAGAGUGAAUGAACAGAACAAUGAAAAUGAAACGGCUUUGCACUGUGCAGCUCAAUAUGGACAUUCAGAAGUAGUUGCUGUUUUACUGGAAGAACUAACAGACCCUACAAUAAGAAACAAUAAAUUAGAAACUCCUUUGGAUCUGGCAGCACUAUAUGGGCGUCUGCAGGUAGUGAAGAUGAUCAUCAAUGCAUAUCCAAACCUGAUGAGCUGCAAUACUAGGAAACACACACCUUUGCAUCUUGCUGCACGUAAUGGCCACAAAGCUGUUGUACAGGUGCUACUAGAGGCUGGAAUGGAUGUCAGCUGCCAAACAGAAAAGGGGAGUGCACUUCAUGAAGCAGCCUUAUUUGGAAAGGUGGAUGUAGUACGCAUUUUGCUAGAAACAGGAAUUGAUGCCAACAUAAAGGACAGUUUAGGUAGAACUGUUUUAGAUAUCCUUAAAGAACAUCCAUCUCAGCAGUCACUACAAAUUGCUACACUACUUCAAGAAUACAUAAAAACAGGAAAUGCAACCAUUUUGGAGGAACCCACACAGGAAUGCCUAGUGCCAGAACAUCAGUCUUGCAUUUUAUCCCCAGAAGUUUCUCCAUCACAAACGACUAAAAGUGAAGCUGUGACUGGAGAGUUAUCAAAGCUCUUAGAUGAAAUCAAACUGUGCCAAGAAAAAGAAUAUUCUUUUGAAGAGCUGUGUCAUACAAUAUCAGAUCACUAUCUGGACAAUUUUAGUAAGAUAUCAGAAGAAGAAUUUAUGAGCAAUGGAAUCCAAACUAAACUUAUAAGGCCUUCAUCAACAAACCUCUCACCAGGGGAGGAGGAAGAGGAAGAUGCCCGGGAAAACAGUUGUGGUCCUGCAGGUUUAUGGGAGGCACUAACACCCUGCAAUGGAUGUAGGAACCUUGGAUUCCCCAUUCUUGCACAGGAGUCUUACCGAAAGAAAAGGAGCUAUACACUGGAAGUAGUACCUUCUGCGUCUCUUGAUGCUCAUCCUUCAGAAAAUGAAAACAACCUUUGUGAUUUCAUGGACAUAGCAGUUACGAAGAAACCUUGUUCGUUAGAAAUAGCAAGAGUACCUUCCUCAAGGACAGUGGUACAGCUUCAACAGGAGAGAUGGAGGGCGCCCCACACCCCAGAUAAUGCACCUCAGGUAGCAAUUACUGCACCAGGAACUGGUAACCAUAGAAACAGCUCUACAGGCCCAACACCUGACUGCUCUCCUCCAUCACCAGACACUGCACUUAAAAAUAUAGUAAAAGUUAUACGCCCUCAGCCCAAACAGAGAACAUCAAUAGUAUCGUCUCUGGAAUUUCACCGACUAAAUCACAGCCAUGACUAUUUUGAAAUCAACUCAUCCAUUGGAUAUGCAAGCUUUACUUCCAGUCCUUCAAUCAGUCCAGCUAAUUUUUCCAUUGGAUCAAUUGAAGAGAAUGAACUUUCAGAGAAUCUUUGUCAGCAAGAAACAUUCACUGAAAACAAGCUUCCCAAAGGACACCCCGCUGAGCAAUUUGCUGGUCUACUUCAUGGGUCUUCACCUGCAUGUGACCCACCUGAAAAUCCACUUCAACUGUAUAGUAAAGCAAACCAUUGCAGCGAUCCACAGGAAAGCAGUUUAAACAAGAACACAGUACAACAGAGACAGCUACAGCAGGAAAACAACCCUGAUCCUCCAGCUAAGAAAAAAAAACCACAAGUUGUAAACAGAACUAUAUUUCAUACUAAAAUUAAUCCACUAGAAAAUCAUACAUUGGUUGGCACAAAAACAAGAAUAGGCGAGCAAUGGAUUAUUACUACUGGGGGAUUUGUGGAGCGAGCGUGCACACUUGGGAGGAUUCGAUCUUUGCCAAAGACACUGCUUGAAAUGCAUUUAUCCAAAAAUGUUUCAAAGUCUGACUCUAAUCUCAUCUCCUAUCCACCUAAUGGGAAAAAAGCAAGAAGCAACUGGAGUGAACCCACACCAAGCCAACAAAAUUCUAAAGGAAAUUCUGAAAGAACACCAUCCUUCACUUCAGAAUGGGAAGAAAUUGAUAAAAUAAUGAGUUCCAUAGAUGCUGGAAUUAACACUGGGCUAGAGGAGAUGAAUGAUGAUACUGCAGGACCCAGAUGCCCUGUCCAGACAGUGGGACAAUGGUUGGAAAAUAUUGGGCUACCUCAGUAUGAGAACCACUUGCUGGCUAAUGGAUUUGACAAUGUGCAAUUUAUGGGAAGCAAUGUAAUGGAGGAUCAGGAUCUGUUGGAAAUAGGAAUACUUAACUCUGGACACCGGCAAAGAAUUCUACAGGCAAUCCAGCUCCUUCCAAAGAUGAAGCAGAUUGGUAAUGAUGGCUACAACCCCACCUCUGUGGCAGAGUGGCUGGACUCAAUUGAACUGGGUGACUAUACCAAAUCCUUUCUGAUUAAUGGCUAUACAUCGAUGGACCUUGUGAAAAAAAUCUGGGAGAGCGAAUUAGUUAAUGUUUUAAAAAUCAGCUUGGUUGGCCACAGGAAACGUAUUUUGGCAUCUCUGGGAGACAGGCUUCACGAAGACCCUCCUCAGAAACCACCUAGGUCAAUAACCCUCAGGGAACCCAGCGGUAACCAUACUCCUCCUCAGUUGUCUCCCUCACUUAGCCAAAGCACUUAUACUACUGGUGGCUCCCUAGACGUUCCUCACAUUAUCAUGCAGGGGGAUGCAAGGAGAAGAAGAAAUGAAAGCUAUUUUGAAGAUAUUCCCCGGUCAAAACUGGAGAGGCAGAUGGCACAGCAGUCUUCUGUCUGUGAGAUAUGGACCAACCAGAAUGCAGGAUUUCCUUUCUCAUCGAUGCAUCAGGUUCAUAAUACAGGAGACUGGGGAGAACCUUCAAUUACUUUACGACCGCCUAAUGAAGCGACAGCAUCAACUCCAGUACAGUACUGGCAACAUCACCCAGAGAAACUCAUCUUCCAGUCAUGUGAUUAUAAAGCAUUUUAUUUAGGUUCUAUGCUGGUAAAAGAGCUUAGAGGCACAGAAUCAACACAGGAUGCCUGUGCAAAGAUGAGGAAGUCUACAGAGCAAAUGAAGAAAGUCCCUACUAUUGUUCUAUCAGUUUCUUACAAGGGAGUCAAAUUUAUUGAUGCAACAAAUAAGAAUAUUAUUGCUGAACAUGAAAUCCGCAACAUUUCCUGUGCUGCACAAGACCCUGAAGACCUCUCGACGUUUGCAUACAUCACUAAAGACUUGAAGACUAAUCACCACUACUGCCAUGUAUUUACUGCAUUUGACGUGAAUUUAGCCUAUGAAAUAAUUCUAACACUUGGACAGGCAUUCGAGGUAGCCUACCAGCUCGCACUACAAGCACGAAAAGGAGGCCAUUCUUCAACCCUCCCAGAAAGCUUUGAAAAUAAACCCACCAAACCAAUUCCAAAACCACGUGUUAGUAUUCGAAAGUCUGUGCAGAUAGAUCCAUCUGAACAAAAGACUCUUGCCAAUCUACCGUGGAUUGUAGAACCUGGACAAGAAGCCAAAAGAGGAAUUAAUACCAAGUAUGAAACUACAAUUUUCUGAUACAAAACUGUCCUCUGGUUCUUGUUGUGCCUUGCACUCCAAGUAGUCACAGCACAGCCUUUCCUUUACGGCAACGUUUCAAUCCAGUAGAGAGGAAGACUGCACUGUAAGAGUGGCCUUGUAACUAACAAAAAAAAGGCUGGUAAUCAUUUCUUCCUGCAGCACUGACAGGAGAAUGACACUAUAUGAAGACUUUUAAAUUACAGUCUGCAAGGAGAGUGAGGAAAUAUUUUUCAAGCAGUCCUCUUGUGACUCCGCCACAGUGCUUUCUUUGAUUUCUUAUUUUAGGAUUCUACUUUUUAAAAAGUUCUCUAAACUAACAUUAAUGCUGCCUAUGAGUAUGAGAUUUGGUUGGUUAUUUAA